UAAAAAAAAAAUUAUAUUUUUCAAAUAAAUAAUCUAAUAGUAAGCUUUUAAAUUAACAGCUGAACCCAUGUCACUUUUAGAACUAGGUUAGCCUAUGUCCGUGUUUUCUUUCCAUUGGACUUAAAAAAAUAAAAACAUUUCUUCUGAAAUCAAGCAUACUAGGGCAUGCAAUCAGCAAAUACCUGUUUCAAAUUGUCAACAAACCAACUGAGAAAAUGUGUUGCGGUGUCGGAGUUUAUUGCUGCUGUUGGCUUAUAAUCGAGAUUUUACCAUACUUAUGCCUUGUAAUUUUACCACUUAUAGGCUCUUUUUAUGGUUCCGAUUCAAUAUAUCGCACAUCAAUUUUAUUAAUAGGCCACAGUGUGAUUAUUGAAUACAUUCCAGAACAAAUGCUCCGUUAUAUACCCUGUUUAAAUAUAAUGCUGUUUGGAAUUUUGAUGGUUAUACCUCUGUCCCUGAUGCCUUGGCCAGUGGUUUGGUUGUACAGUAUGGCAAUAUGGAUAACAGAGCCAAUUUUUAUGAUUGCUGAGGUUUUCUUAAUUCUAAAUUUUGUAAUGCGCAUUAGUCAGACGGCUGCUGAUAAAAUUGAAGAGGAUGAAGAAUCUGCUCAUUUAUACAAGGGUGCAAUUCUAAUGUUUUCAUCACUCAGUUAUGCUUUUACAGCAUCAGUGGCUUACAGUAGUGUUUAUAGCAACGCAACAACAUUCCAAAUAGUAAUACUUGUGGUGAUUUUAUGCAUUUGUGUUGCCAAUCAUAACAUGAUGCUGAUGGCUCAUGAGGGUAUCAUAAGUGAUUGUGCCUUCACUUGUUUAAUAAAUGUACUGAUCCUGUAUACAAUGAUUACUGAAACCCAGUUUAUAAAUUCACCUUUACCAGAACCGUUGCUAUGGAAACGCUCAGGUGGAACCAGUUCUUCAGGUUUUGUUCAAAUAGUGGCCUCUAUUUUACAGAUUAACAUAGAUUAUGCACAGAUACCAAUAGAUUUCUUGAAGAGGUUUUUCAGCCCUUUGUAUAUUGUAAUGUUAGCCAUAAGAUUAUACAGCAUAUUGUUCAUAGUACAGAAAGUGACCAGGAACUUUUUUCAGAAGGAUGAUACGGACAGCUUUGAUUGUGAAGAAGAAACACCACCACCUUGUAAAUCACCGGUUUUGUUGAAGGUUUCUAUUAUCUUCAUGUUUACUCAGCUGUGUGGAAAUUUACUUCAAGAAUGGAGUGGAAAUCAUGCAUCUCUGUUUUGGUAUUUACCCAAAAUGGCGUGGACAUCUGAAUUUCUCUUCAAUCGUCUCAUUCAAAUAGUAGCAGUAAAUGGAUUUUAUAUAUGGAGACUGUACAGAGCUGAAGACUGGACAUGGAAUCCCUGGCUAACACCAUAACAUUACUCCUUAGUUACUAACAGAAGCACAAACUGUUAGUGUUUCAUAAUCCUAUGCUUAUUAUUCUGAUCUGGGAUCAUCAGGAAUGCCUUAAUUUUUGUAAAGCUAUAUACACUGUGCUUAAUUCUGCUUGACUUUUACCAUGAUCAUUAUCAACUAAGGUAGAAAUAUAUAAAUGCCCUUUCAUCUUAUCUUACAAGUUUGUCAAAAGCCACUUUUUAAUAUUUUUAUAUAUUGUAUAAUUAAUAUUUUGCAACAAUAAACUACUUCAUGCAGUUUGGAAUCUUGCUAACCCUUUGUUUUUAAACUGCAUCACAUUAUAAUUAG